AUGGCCAAAAAGCGCGCUGCCGACGCCAGUUCCACGAGCAAGAAGGUUGCUAAGAGCAAUUCAAAAUUAUCUGGCGAAUACAAAAAUGAGAAGAAGAAGCUGAAUGAUAUGUUCAAGUCCCUAAAAGGGCAACCUACUACCGCUGUUCCCGCUCGAACAACAACUAAGGCUCCCAAAAGCGAUGCCAAAAAAACGUCUUCCUCGAGCAGUAGGUCAAGAAAGGACGAGGUGUAUGCUCAGGUGCCUGUUUCUGGCACCGCUCGUCGGCGAACUGAAGACAACCUCCCUGUGUAUACCAUCGAGGAGCUUAACAUCGGAAAAGGAGGAGACACCGAUUUGUGCCCGUUUGAUUGCACAUGCUACACCGGUUGUUCAGUUCUUCGAAUUGCUAACGUUCAGCACUUCCUGGGUUCACCAUUUGACGCUAGCGCCGAAGUUUCUUUCACAAUUUCCCAACUGAAGCAUCCAAUACGCAACGUUCUUCGGACGUUGGUUAACUGGCUUCAUGUGUGUUCACCAUUUGCAGAGGGAUUGCAGGCCCACGGUCACCAAUAA